AGCUUGAUGACAACUGUGUUUGUCUUGAGCAACCAAUUCAAGGCAAAGACCUCUCUACAGAUGGCACUAAAAAGGAAGUAUCCCCAGAAGAAACUGACAGUAAAACAGAAAGCACAGUUUCUCAAGUGUUGGAUCAAACUGAGAAAAGUGACCCACUUCAACAGAAUAACAAUAUGAAGCGCAAGGUUGAUGGAGAGCGACACACUUAUCUAGUGCCACUUUUAGACGCUGCGAGAACCUGUCUAGCCAGCGCAUCGUUUCUGGGGCGUCUCGUCAAACAUCGUUUGAUUGAAGCGAAUCCCCAAGCCAAAACAAUUAUUUUGAAUGCAAUCAUUUAUCAUACUUAUAGAAAUGGAACUUGGUCCAAAGCUGCCUUACACAGAGACUGUAGUGAAUUAGGUAACUUUGGAGUUGUCUGUUCUGGUGCAGGAAAAUUCGAUGCUUACUCAAUGACGGAAGACACAUUUUUAAGUAUGAAAAAUUGUCCAGGCUGUGUUCAUUCCGUUCAUUUGGUCGUUUUCGACGAUGAAUUGUAUGCAUGUGGACGUAAAGCUAAGAAAGACGUCACAAGCAAGUUGUUUCUUUUCAGAGGAAAUGCAUGGAAAAAAGUCACUGAAAUUCCAGGAGGCCAGUUAUUUCUUCUUUCUUAUAACAAUUCAAUUUUAGUCUUAAAUAGUGAAAGAAAAAUAAUUUCAUCAUUAAAACCUAAGGAAAUGGAUAAAUUUCAAGAGAAUUUUGAGACUCUUCCUGAAAAUGGGAAAUUUGAAUAUGCCCUGCUAUAUGACAGUAAAUUGCUUGUGUUUCUUGCAGAGAACGUGGAGGGUAUUGAAGAGACAGCUGUUCAUUGUUUGGAUUUAUUGAAUAUGAAUUGGACAAAAUUUAAGAAUCUUGAAGGGCCGGCCAAACAUUUGAUCAGUUUUCAAGAUGGUGAGAACCACUACGUCAUACAAAGAAAUGGGAAUGCGUGGAGAUUGGAAAAUACCAAAGUUAAACUCGUGUCAUUUCAUUUUAUUGGAAAACUAUGGACAUCUGAUGUAGUUUUACAUGGGGCUGUGCAUUACAAAGAUCGACUCACUUUAUUUGGAGAUGAUCCUACCAACUAUCCUGAAAAUACAGAAUCUGAUUUGCCUGACUUUCCAUAUUCCUCAAAUUUUUGGGGUCAAAAUGACACUUGUUCUAAUUUUCUGCCUGUUAUACUAGCCAAGAGUUGUCUCUCC